GUUAAACUUUCACCACAAUCAUUUCUCCGCAGCGGCAAAAACAUCCCAUUCCAAAUCUUAUAAUAGAUCUCCCACAUCAAAUCUCUAUUCAUCCCCAAUCAAACAAGAUAACGAUGGCUGCGACUGCUCCGGUGAUAAUGCGCGUUAUGGCAUCCUCGAUAAGCACGGCCAAGCGGGCAGGAGGAAUCAUCCGGGAUGUGCUCAAGAAAGGCGACCUGGGCAUAGUGGACAAGGGAAAGAACGACCCACAGACGGAGGCAGAUCGCUCUGCCCAGCGGUGCAUCAUUGCCUCUUUGACCAAAAAGUUCCCCACCGUGAAGAUUAUUGGCGAGGAAGGUGGAUCCGACCUGAAUGUUUGCGAUGACUGGCUGGUAAACGAGCUGGAUGAGGGAUUCCUGCAACAAAACUGCCCGGCGGAGUGGAAGGACGCCAAGCCGGAGGACUUUGUCAUUUGGGUGGAUCCCCUGGACGGCACAGCGGAGUACACUCAGGGACAUGUGGAGCAUGUGACCGUGCUGAUCGGUAUAGCUGUCAAGGAUUCAGCUGUGGGCGGCAUCAUCCAUCAGCCCUUCUUUAAGCAACCCGACGGCGAGCUUGGUCGCACCAUUUGGGGCCUUAAAGGUCUGGGCACGGGAGGAUUUACAGCGGUGCCCGCUCCACCUGGCCAGUUCAUCAUAACCACCACUCGGUCCCAUUCCAAUGCCCUGCACCAGCAGGCUCUAAAUGCAUUUGCAUCCACCGAGGUGCUGAAAGUCGGAGGAGCCGGCUUCAAGGUGCUCCAGUUGUUGGAGGGGAAGGCGCACGCCUACGUCUUCGCCACCCCGGGAUGCAAGAAGUGGGACACAUGCGCACCCGAAGCCGUUUUAGAAGCCCAGGGCGGCUUUCUUACCAACAUCAACGGCGAGCACUAUGCCUACAAUGCGGAUGUGGAACACGUGAAUCGCCAGGGAGUGCUGGCAAGCCUGGGACAGAAUCAUGCCGAACUGGUGCAGAAGAUUCCCGCCGAGGUGCGCGCAGCAGUAGGAGCCAAGCUUUGAAUUCCAGCACUUUAUUAGUUUUGUUUUUCCACUAAAAGUAAACUCAUAAAUUAAGCAAUAACAGGUUAGAAAAUUAGGAAA